AUGGCCUCGACCAACCUGAGGUAUCAAGGAAAAGUUACAAUUGUGACCGGAGGCACACAAGGAAUUGGGAAAGGAGUUGUCAGAGAGUUCGGUAAGGAAGAAUAGUCAAAUAUCUACAGCAUUACUUAACGUUAGGGCUUGCCUCUCCUUUUGGUAAAAUUUGGGUUGGAAUAUUUUAUGGGACGGCUGCCAUGCACCUAUCAUUUUUCGGUCAUCCCCUGGGGGGGUGGAAGGGGGGGGGAGGGGAGGACCUGGGUAAUUUUAUAUAACUUUGUAUGGGAGUUUAAUAUAGGGGGAUUUGAAAGAUUACUCCAUCGGUGGAGGGAAUGAGGGAGGUUUGGUUUACCACAUCCUUGCACGGGGGGAAAACCGGGGGCUUUGUGUAAAGAAAUAAUUAGGCCGAUUUUACAUGAUUCGCAUAGUCUUGAAAACUCCUUGAAUUUUAGGGGAAGUCCUUGAAAAGGCCUUAAAGUUUCUUCAACUUUGAACGUAGUGGUCUGGAAAGUGUUGUUUAAUGCUUUUUGGUUGUCCAAGACAGAAUAUAAAUCAUAGCUCAGCGAAGUUAAAGGUGAUUUACAUAAAGUGUUUUUUGUCUUAUGGAAUAACAGCUAUCAAUUUAAGACUGUGUAGCAAGUGUUUCCAAUCGAGUUAUAGUGCAAAAGUUCUCAUCCCAACUUUCUCAAUGACUCAUCAGGGGCACCCAACGAGAAUAUAGUUCAAAACCACUUAAACAUAGCAUUGUUAAACGUAUUUUAGUAUUUAAACGGUAGAUAUAGGCAUAUUUUUAUCCCCUAAAAAUUUUUCAUCUGUUCGGAUUUCCUAGCUGAGAGUCUAGUGAUCCGAAAAUUAUAGGGAUCAAAACUUACCUUUUCGAAAAAUUCAGCCAGAAAAAAGGCUUCCGAAAAUUCUAGGUGACCUUUUUAGGGUAAAAAUCCGUUAAAAAUAGGCAAAUAUACCAUUUUUUGGAUGUUCGAAAAUCCUAGGAGAGGCAAUCAAGCAAGAAAUUUUACAACAAAUGUUUCGAAAAUUCUAGAUCUCAAAUCGUCUUCCGAACAGAUAUUCUUCCGAAAACUGUUGUUGGGUGCCCCUGACUCAUAUCGGAACACCUCCUACACAGGCUAAUUUAAGGCAAGUGAACAGAAAAAUUCAGAGAAGUUGGUGGAGCAAACAAUUCAAGCCUUAAAGUCCUGUUAAAAUGAACUGUGAAAAGGUUUUUUUUUGUGCAAUCUGUGAUAUUACAUUCCUGGCAAAAGCGCUUUCUUCUUGACAUGAAUAUCAACCUCACUUUUCCUGGUGCUUUGCAAACUGUGCAAAGCUUCCUUCGAGGUUAGUUGACAAAGAGACAGCUAAGGAUUUUUUUAACAGGUAGAUUGAUCUUGCCAUGUGGAGAAAAGAUGUAUGGUAACAGCAUGGAGGCUUCUGUCUGUAAUAGACAGAAUGUGAUUCGUGUUUCCAUGGCUUUUGUGGAAGAAAAGAAAGUUUUGACAUGACGAAAGAAUAGAGAAGCAGCUGGUUAUAUCAUUCCACCCUUACGGCCUAAAUUCCAGAACAAAUUCCUUUUUCUCUGCAAAAAGCAAUUGUCUUGAAACAAAACCAAGAAUACAAGGUUAUGCCAUCACUGGGAAGUUUGUCUGUUUUUACGUGAGCGCAAAAUGUCCAAAACAUUCUUUCCUUAUCAUGUCGUUAAAGAAAAGGAAAAAAAUUCUGGUAACCACUUUAUGCCAUCUGCAGGCACAUUUAUUAAGUCACCCGAUUGCGCCUGUAUGAAAUAGUUAAUUUCAGACCCUGUGUAGGAGGGGGAAUUUCUCAACUUUGAUUGCUCUGUUUCCCACACGUCCCCUCCCUUGCCCUGGGUCCCCCACCUCAGGGGAUGGUGGAUGAUAAGUGUAUUAUUCACUCUCCUCCAGUGGGCCCUGUGCUUUUGCACCUGCCCACUAAGGAUGAUGAGUUGCUUUGGAGAGGGGUUCAGAUUUUUCUUUAAAGAAGCCAUCAAAGUCUAGAUCCUUGGGACACUUUUCCUCACAGGCGAGGUUUCUAAAUUUGUUACGUGCGUAUAGGGCAUGAAACAUGAGUGGAUGUUAGAGGUCUGCAAACUGAGAUUUGCCAUAUAUUUUCUACUAGCAUACUGUUAACUACCAUUAAGCAAUUUUAUCUGUGCAGUAUCUAAUUUAAUUUGUGAGGUACAAAACUAGUCAGGGGUGCAGCUACCCGUACGCACGGUGCACAUGGUAUCCAAAAACGUUGAAGGGAAAAAAACAAAAGGAAAUAAAAUCCAGAGAAGCGACAACAUUUGUUGGUGAACUGCAUCUUGAAUUAUAAUAUAUUUGUGAAAAUUGCUAUAAAAUAGUGCGCAUAGCAAGCUUGAUGGUGUAAAGCUUGAAACAGUUAUUUUCACCUUGGCCUGUCUUCGCAGUAUGCGAAAUAAGGCGAGGGUUUGCAAGACAUGUAUUUCCAGAACUUGUGCACUAGAUACUUUCAAUUAUAGCAAACACACAGUCAGUAUAAAGCGUCGUCAACAUGCGCACAUUGUACAUGAUUGGAUAGAAAAAUUCUUGUGAUCAUCAUGCAGCUUUUGACAUAAAUACACUGUAGUUCAUGAUGUACAUGACUAAAUUGUCAUUUGAUCACUUAACCCUUCAUUUUUCUCCUGUGACCCUUAUCAAGAAGGGAAAAUUGCCUUCCUGUGCUUCUUUUAAAAAGCUGCAAUGUGUUAAAAAUACAUGUGUCUAAUGCAGGUAAUGUAUCCUAAAGCCAAGUAUUUUGACAUUACCAUUUUGUUUUCUAGUCAAAGCUGGAGCCAAAGUUAUCUUUUGUGGACGUGAGGGUAUGUCAAUUUUUCUGAUAACUGCAUGUCAAAGCCCAUAAUUGUCUAGAACAAAUAAAUACACAAGUGCAUUGCUUUCUUAUUCUGUGAUUCUGUGUGUGUUGUGUUUGCAUCUAUUGUGGCAUCCAGGGAUGGAUUGUUUUACCUACAACUGGCAAGUUCUUUAAAAGUGGAUACACCAUUUUAAGAAGGACCAUUUCUUACGUUCUGCUCUUUUAAUUUGUAUAUUUACAAAAUGGCUCUGUACUGUUGAAUCUUUGUUCAUUUAAAAUUAUUUAAUACGGCGUAACGGUCUGUUCUUAAGGGAAGACAUGUUGAUGUUUUAAUGUCUAUAUUAAGUAACGUGAAAAUAGUGAAAGUUAACAUACUGUUUUAUGGCUGGUAAAGCAAUAGUGAUCUGUUGUACAACAAUGUUGUGAUACCAUGAUUGGUUCAGUGAAUUUAUGGUGAGUUUUUAGUUUUGCCUUUUGAGAACAACGGUGGAACUAAAACUUGCUGGAAUCUCAUGAAACUCAAUGGCCAAAAAUGCUAAAAAUGCACAACAAAAAAAGCCGAGAAAUGAUAAGAAGGUCUAAUAUGUAUUUUGAGUGUUAUUUUUCACCCCUAACUAAUGAUCGUGCUAAAUUCCCCUCACAAACUUUUAUUAAUGAUAUUUCUUUUAUACAACAAUGAUGUUACUCCUGAACUAAUGGGGGACCUGUGCUUCGAUGUAUCACUGUUACUCUACGAGAAUUAUGUCUUGAAAGAAGGUGCCUCUGGUGGGUGCCCGGGGGCGGGUGGGUACUGCCAUAUAUGGGCUAUAUGGGUAUGUGCCGCUGUGAAGGGUAUGGUUUUCAAGCAGUUUACUCUAGGAUAGGGUAUAUAAAUCAGAGCGUUUGGGUUUUUUUCAGGAAACUGAUCAGUUGGUUGAAGAUUUUAUCUAGACUGGGGAAACAGCUACUCUAGGAUAGGGGGAUUUUGGGAGUUUACUCUAGUAUAGGGUAGCAAAAUUCAGCUGAACUAGCUCUGGUAUAGGUCAAGGGUUCCAGGGUCCCAGCGGCACAUCCCCACCCAGAAAUUCCUUAAGUGCCCCCCCCCGGGGGUGGGUGGCACAUAUAUGUAAAUAUAUACCUUUUUCUGGAGUUCCCCUUCUCCCCUCUAAUAUUACAAUUAAAACAUUGUGUCUUUAGUUUUAGUCAGAAUUAACUUUAUUUUCUGUGUUGUGCUUUCUAGUGGCUGAAGGGGAAAAACUUGAAAAAGAAAUGAAUGACAAAGGUCCUGGAGAAGCAUGCCUUAUUAAAUGUGACGUUACUAAAGAGGAGGAUAUCAAGGUCAGUGUACUGUGCUUUCUAGAAACUCUUCAAUCUGAAGUAAUUAUUAUUUGUUGAGUUGAUUUUUCUUAAACCCCAACAUUCUGGUAUCAAUCAUUCUGGUAUUUUAGCACCUUAGUACCUUCCUUCUAAGUCGACUGAUGGUACAUUGAAUCAGUGAAAACUACUGAAUCUUCUAGUCUAUGAACACAGACAUCCUAACAAAUCUGACUCUAAACUCACUCUGCUAGCACACUUAAUCAGCGAAUCAUCUCACCACAGCUCUCUCAGUUCACCCUGUUAGUACAAUCAUCAUUCAAAACCAAAACUUCCAGUUAAUUUGGGGUAAGUAUGAACAAUAUCAAGUCCACCUAUGUAGCACAGCACUCUUACCACACGUUCACCCUGCUAAUAGCCACUUAAUAAGAGACAAAACUGCAUACUUCUAACCACAGUCAUUCCAACACAGCUCUCUUGUCACACCCAACCUUUUCUGCAAAACUGAAUUCAGACAUCUUAGUACACGUGAUCACAGUCAUCCCAACUCAGCUCUCUCACCAUACUCGUCUUGUAUAAUCAUGUCAAUCAGUCAUGACUGAAUCAUCUAGCACCGGUUGUUUAAGUGUCUGCAUAAGAUUUAUCCAGUAGAUAGCAUUGCCCACCUUUUUAAACAACUGUAGCCUGGUCCAUGACCUCAAUCAUUCCAACACAGUGACUUUCAACAGUCACCUUACGAUUUAUAUUGGAACACUCAAUUAGCCAAAACUAAAUCCUCUGGUCUGUGACUCGUUGGCGUUGCUGUGGUUUAAUUUCUUUGAUCCAAGAUUGACGACAGCUACAUUAGUGAAUACCACUGUACCCUGUUCCAUCUCCAGAUUAGAACCACAGCAUUCAAAAAAGUACUUUUUUGACAAAAACCUCAACGACAAAGCUACAGACAUUCCAUAAAAGCUUUCCAAACAAUAUCUCAAUGUCAUUGUCUAAUAUGUUUUUUAUCUGACUUCUUUUACUUUUUUGUGGGUCAGUUUUUCUCUUAAAAUUUAUGUUUAAACUUAAACAGUAAGAAAAGGCUGUCUUUCUUUUUGUCAAUGAAGAAUUUGGUGGAGAAGACAGUUGAAAAAUAUGGUUGCAUUGACUGCCUCAUCAACAAUGCUGGAUGGCGUAAGUAGAGAAACCUUUUUCUUGAUCCUUUGUCAUAACUAACUGCAAGCUAUCAAUAUUUAUUUAUGUAUCUAGUCUGAACUUUUGUAGGUGCAUAAUUCAGACAUCUUAUUUUUUGUGAGUUGAAAUAGUAAGGCUUGAGAUAGUAUCUAAUGGACCUUAUUCACGAUACCCGCCAUAUCUUUGCACGUGCUUUAGGAUCGAUGGGAUAUUAGCAAUGUCACGUGGUUUCUCAGGGGGCAAACAACGAAUAAAAUUUGCCAAUGCAAGAAAUCGCGGUUGAGUUUGUUUAUUCUCUCAAAACGAGAGGACGAUUUAAUGGUCAUGCAAAAUGUACAGUUCAAGUUUCGACAGGUUUGUGACAUUAUUACCUGCUCUGAGGACAUCUUACGGUCGCUACUGCAUCUAGGAAAGUAACAAUGAUCAUUUUCACCCGUGAUUUGCCAUUAUUGUCUUCAAGAUAAAAAGUUCUUCAUUUUCCUUUGUUUAGAAUAAACAAACUCAACCGCGAUUUCUUGCAUUGACAAAUUUUAUCACUUGUUUGCCUCCUGAGAGGCCACGUGACUCCGCUUUUAUCCCAUCAGUCGUAAAGCGCGUGCAAAGAUGGCGGUUAUCUUGAAUAAGUUCUAUUAGACUGACUGAUCAGUCUAGUGAUGGUGGUUGCAAAAACAUAUGAAAAAGAAAAACAGGUGAGACAAGGAGAUCGGUUCUCUUUUUCUUCAGUCUUUUUUAGUUAUUAUUGUUUUCCUUUUUCUUGCUGGCGAGCCUUAUGCGAGCCAGCAGUAACUAUUCUGUACAAUAGCGGGAAAAAGCCAAAAUGUUUUGGAUGUAAGAUCAGAAGCAUGCGCAGUGUUUUCCUCUGUGCGAUGACAUCACGUACAACGCACAUGGACGAGCUCGAGAGAUUUCAAGAAAAUUUCAAUAUGUAAUGUAAAUGAGAAGAUUCUUUAGUAAUUGUUUUUCUUAUUUUCUAGAUGUCUCUAUUUGCUUGUGGAAGUAUUCAUCAACGUGUCGAUCCAGAGCAUUUUAGUGAUAAAUGUACAGGAAGACGAGAGAUUUAUAUUUGUUUGGCUACUCUAUUUGCUUAUUCGUGAAUAAAUGGAGGUGUGAAGAUAUCGAUCAAAUUAUCCUUUAUGGAGAUAGCUUUUUUUUCUCUGUCGGCAUUCAGCAGUAGUGAAGUGCCAGGCAAAAAAUAGUUCUAUCCUACUCUAGCUCGUUUGUCUCGGGAGAAAAGAGAGGAAAGUGUGAAGAAAACCAGCUUUGCGUCUAAAGCGACCUAGUUACCACAUGCAAAUCAAUGUUUGCAUACUCCUUGUCCAUUGAGGCGUUAAAUCUGAUUGUCCUGUAAAAAUCUGUGCCUGUUGAGGUAAAUAAUUCAGCUCAUAAUUUGACCAUUGAGUCACAUUUUUCUGUUGAGGUGAAAGGAAAGCUUGGAACCCUGGAUUCAAAAUGUGUGCUCAUGCUAAGCGUGCGUAUAUCGAGGUAUGCCGGGAUGCACACGGGAAGUUUGGAGAGCACGAAAGAUGCGUAAGAGUUGCUUGAGGCACAGCCUAGAGCAACUCUAGCUUCUUAGCUUCAAUUGUUUUUAAACUUCAAAGUCAAAAGAAAACCUCAUAAGAUCACAUUAAGCCCGUUUUUUAAUGAUAUCCAUGAAACGAUAUCUUCGCACCUCCAUUCGUGAAUGGGCAUAAAUUGUUGACAUAGUAGAAGAAUCAAACACAUAAAAAUAUCUUGUCUUCCUCGGGAUUCAUCACUUAACCAUUCGUGACCUCGAUGAAAUUAUUAUUUCCAUAUUAGGCAAAUAAGGAAAUUUAAAAAAUAUAAACAAGCAAUAAUCAUUGCUAAAGGCCUCACCUAUCAUCUGUUUGCACUCUGGAAACUUAGUCCAAGGUCUUUUCCCUUUUAUACAUCACAAAUACACGGAAAUAACAUAUUUUUCUAAAAAAGGCUUACGCACCCUAAUUCCCAGGGCUAAUUGUCAUUUUCUUCACUUUAUAUAAUAUUUUCAAACUUUAUUCUCUGUAUUCUGUUCCAGGUCUGAUGCCAACACUUAAUUUCAGAUUGAAACGCCUAGUUUUCUUUUGCAAAUUUCUCCAGUCUUACUGAGCUGGACCCUUAUCAACUUGACUGUCUGAAAAGGGAGUGCCAAUGGUCUACUAUUUUUGACUCCAGACAUUUGAAACUUCUAAUAGUUUUUAAUUAUGCAUUGUUUUCUAGGUGUCAAGUUUUUAUCGAUACUUUUUAACUUUUAUUACAGAUCCCCCAAGUAAAACAAUUGAUCAGACUUCAGCUCAUGAGUUUAGUGACCUGCUGAAUCUUAACCUUGUGAAUUACUUCUUGUUUUGUAAAGUAAGUCUUUUAAUUACACGCAAAUGUUACAGUUUAUUUCUUGAUUACAACUCUGCUUUAGAUUUAGAGGAUAAAGAUUUUUGUAAUAAUUUAGCCAAAGCAGUACAAUGUAUUAGACAAGUUUAACACAGAAAGAAUAGCCUGUGCAGCAAGCACUUGGAAGUAUUAAAUGGGCGCAAGAAAGAACGCAUGCACGAGGGAGACACGCCGCUCGCCCGUUCAAUUCAGUUCAAUUCAAUUCUUUAUUCACACUAUACAAUAUAUUUACACAAGUGUACAUAGUAGGAAAAUAAAGUAGCUACAAAUAAUAAUUAACUAAAAGAUAUUAAGUUCAUUUGUGUACGGUGUCCAAAGUAGCAAGAGCUUUCUUGUUGGACACCGUCGUAUUGAAAUAAUUGGCAGUAGUAAGGAGAGGAAUAAAAUCUCAAAUAAUAUCAGUGAUAAAACAUAUGAGCAAGGUCAGAUUUGGUUGGUUAGAAGACAGGACUUCCAUUCUUUCUUAAACUUAUGAUAUGGCAGACACUUGAGACCAGGCGGUACAGUCUCCCAGAUUUUUGGAGCGGAGAAUUUAAAGGACGUCUUACCUAAGUUGUUCUUUCUUGCACCCAUUCAUUCCUAGCGCCUGCAGGCUAUAGAAAGAUGGGGAACUAGCUGGCAAAAUGCCAGUAAGCAUGCUAUCUAUUUAUCAAGUGUGAUAGGUAUAAGAAGUGUCAAUAAUGUGAGACCUUGCCAUGGGUGCUUACCAUUACACAAACCAUCCAUAUCGAAGGAAAAUAAUUGGCCUUUUGAUAUGUUUUUGUUUUCAGUUUGCUUUGCCUCACUUACGGAAAACAAAAGGAAACAUUAUCAAUAUGUCAAGUUUAGUGGCACAAAUUGGCCAGCCUGGAGCUGUAGCAUAUGUUGCGAGCAAGGUAAAUCUUUUAUGAUUUUUAGCUCACGCAUGCUUGUUCUGCGGUCUUCUCAAAAGUACCAUUUUCUAAAUGAAAAAGAAAAAAUAAACAAAAUUUUGAAGAAAAAUAUUUUAAGAUCUCUCCUAGUAUACGUAUGAAAUUAGCUAAACCGUCAAUAGGAUAGGGAAAAUUAUAAAUACUUACUUUGUGUUGAUUUGUGUAACUUUGUUUGUCUAAAGGGUGCAGUAACGUCAAUGACAAAAGCUCUUGCAAUUGAUGAAGCUAAGUGCGGAGUGCGAGUUAACAGGUAAUUUAUUGGUCAUCUAAACAUCGCAUGUAUAACAGUCACCACUAAUACUGAAUCGAUCAGUAGCUAAGCGCUAAGUACCAGAAAUGAGAGCACACACUUUUUUGAGAGGUCAAGAGAAUUGUUUUUAUUAUUCAUUCAAAAUAUUUCCCACUUAAAAACAUAUUAACCUUGAACUAUGUAAAGAAACCAUCUUUAACUAUUGCCUGUUCCUUGCCAGUUUGAGGUUAUGAAGGGAUGUUUUAAUUAUAGCAGACUCAAUUCUUUGAACAGCAGUCGUCAUUGGUUGCGUGGUGAUGGUCCCAGUUUGCGAAGGCAAGUUUUCUAAAUCGCGUCCCAAUUGCAAUUACUGCACGCAAUCAAAAUCACUGCAGUCGAAGUCUCAUGGGAAAAUUUUUAUUAGGGAUAUACAUGUAUUUGCUAUCUUGCCGUGCUUUUUUGCAGUAGUUCGGCUAUUUCAUCUUUGCCACGCGUGUGAAAUCUUUCUUCAGCUCUGCGAAAUGGGGGUCACGCUUGCUAAAUUACUUAAAAAAAAAAAAACACUUUAUUUUAUUUUGUAGACAGGUCAUGGUCAUUUUCACUCUUUCUUUGGCAGUAUUUAUUUUAUAUUAUCUCUACAAAUUUGUUAGUUACAACAAUUCUUUCAACAAAACCAAAGGUAUAAGUAGAACAUAAAGUUUGAGAGUCAUCUAGUUCCAAAGUAAUUAUGAAUAGACAUUGGGGAGAGUUGGCAACCUCCAGUUGUUCAAACGUUGGAUAGUGCUAUCCACAGGAUAAAUCACUAUCCAGUGUAUAAGUAUUAGGGAAAUCAAUUGCGCUAUCCCCUGGAUAGAGAUUUAUCAAGUGGGUAGCGUUAUCCACUUUUUGAAUAACUGGGGCCACUGCAUGUAAGAACCUAGAUUUUUUGAAGUCUGGCAAAAUAGGCUCUUGUAUUUUUUGGGUAGUUAUUGGCAAUUUAGGUGGCUGCACACAGGCUAUUUAGGCUAAAACUAAGUUCUUUAUUAGGUUCUUGUUCUAUGUGAAGGAGAUAUAGUUGUUGAUCACCAGAAAACUAAAUAAACUUGGGUUUGGUCCUUAAAUAUACAGUAUUUAUUCACAACUUUAUCAUGAUAUUCCUGACAAAACUGAUUUACAGAAUGUGCAUAUGCAAUUUUAUCUUUUAGUAUUUUCUUGUCGACUUGUAAAUUUGCAAUCUCGAUUCAAACUCCGUGGUUAAAAGUUUAUCAUAGUUGAACUGUAACCCACAUUUAAGAACCUGCUUGAUCUUGCUUGGCUAAACAGGUUCUUAUAUUUUUGGUUAUUAAAUAUAAAGCUGACUCGGUGGGGUUUUUAAGGUUCAAUGCCUCCAAGUUUGAGCUUAAACUACGUCGCCAUUAAGAAAGAUUUGGAAAAAUUACCACUAUAGCUGUAUUCGUUGGGUAAAGGUGAAAAGUUGUUUUGAUCAGCGUUAAAAUGAGCUCAGAGUUGUCAUAGCAAUGGAAAGACGCCAUUACCUAUUUUACUUGCAGCGGUAUUUCUUCGGCACCGGGCAGUCGUUUUCCAAAAUCGUUUAUGGGAAACUUUUUCCUCCAUUAGCCGCCUCGAUGUUCGUGCGGUUUAAGCGAGAUCUAUAAGAGCUUUUACGAGUUGUUCUGGGAUGAAGUUUUUAUGGUUAGAAAUACGGUAAAAAUUGGACAAUCUUGAUGUUCUUGUUAGCGGUUUGGUAAAAUUCUUGGUCUACUGAAACAAAUAAGCGAAUAAUUUUGAAACCGCUCGAAAGGUCAGUUUGUUAAAGUUUGAGAUUCUCCGGAUUGACCUUCGUUUUAUAUGACCUUUGAGUUUCAAGUAUAUUGAUAACUUGCAUUAAGGCAGUAAGGUAAGGGCUACAGUUCGCCAAUGUUUUGUCGGAAAUUUCGUGUUUACAAGUGAGAGAAUUAUUCGGGGUAUUUUCCACAAGUUUCAUUUUCACGUGAACAGCAGCAACUAGCAAUGCAUUUGAACUAUGCAGAAAUGUUAGCUAUUGUUGUCCACGAAAAAUCAUAGGGACCUUAAGCAAAGACGACGACGACGGCAGUGAAAACAUUACUAAAAAAAUGAAUUUGCGCCCUUUCAAACUUUAUCACGUCUGUUUGGAACCGCUCAAUUUGUCAAAUGUGGGCGACUUUUCCAAGAGUUGAAUUCUUAAGGGCUUUAUCCAUGUUCAAAUAGAGAAGGGAAAAUUUGUCGUAGUAUGUCCACUCCAUAAAACGUCGCAUUAGGAGGUUUCAUGUCGUAGUCGUGCAGUGGGCGUCAAAGAAAUGCACUAAAAAGCGUGUUACACUGAAGUGCUGAGCUGUUGUUUUGUUCAUAAAACCAAUUGUUUUUUGACGUUGUUGUUUUCGUUGUCGUCGUCGUUAAGGUCAGUAGUAGAGGAGGGAUGUUUUACUCCUUUUCUUUGCGGGGGAAUUCAUUAACUUUCGGGGAAUAAAUUAACGCAGAUGACGUCAUGCAUCUCAUUAAGAUAGGAUGAUGUCAUACUUUAAAUUAAUGCCGAUGACGUCACGCAUCUCAAUAAGAUAGGAUGAUGUCAUAGGUUAUUUUUAGCGCUUUUGUUAGUCUUUGAAAAGUUGAUUACCUAUACUUAUUUUACUGCCUUACAAGUUAUCAAUAAUCUUGAACCCUAAAGGUCAUAUAAAACGACAGUUAAUCUCGAGAGUCUCAAUUUUUUUUAAAAAAAAAUCUAUCGAGCGGGUUCAAAAUUAUUCGCUUAUUUGUUAAGUAGACCAAAAUGUUUACAAAACCGCUAACAAGAGCGCCUCGAUCACAUACUAAUCAAAUCCUUCUUCUUAGCAAUCGGCUGAAGCUCAGUUCAUAAUCUUUCACUCACGUUUUUUAAAAGUAUGAAACUACUAUGAGGUAAAAUUACAUUUCAAAAGUGCUUCGUUUUCUGUAGGCAACAGCCAAACAUAAUGAUUGUUCAGUUUGUACCGUAUUUCUAACCAUAGAACCCAAAGUAUCUCGAUAACGCUCUUAUAGAAUUCGGUUGAACUUCACGAACAUCGAGGCGGCCAUUAGAAAAAAAAGCUCCCCUGAAUGAUUUUGGAAGAAGAGUUCCCUCCGAUGUCAUUGUAACCCUGAUGAGAACAAAUUCGUAUCUUUAUCUAAUACAGCUGUGGUGAUUAUUUACCGAAUCUUUGUUAAUGGCGACGUAGUUUAUGCUCAAACGUUUGGGAUAUUGAGCUUGAAAAAAGCCCAUCGAGCCACCUUAAAAUAUAUGGCAAAUUUCUGCCAGCGGGGUCUUAAACCGCUAGGUUCUUACACGCAGGUUUGUGCUGCAUUUUUAUGUAUUUCAAACGUUGAUCAGACUAAGCUAUGUAACAGCAAAGAUUCAUGACAGAGUUGUUCCCUAGAUGAGUUUUUUUUAUUAUCGUCAUUCUGUAUAAUUUCAGUAUUUCGCCCAGUAAUGUGUGGACACCAUUGUGGGAAUAUGUAGCUCAUCUGUCGGGCGACUUUGAGAAAAGUAAAAAAGAUGGUGAAGAAUGCCAGGUAGGUUAGCGUGUCUCGGCCUAUAUUCGGAGGGGCUUAUGUACGGAGGGAAAUUUGCCUUUCAAUAUCGAUUGGGCUAGCUUGUAGUGGGAAGGGAAUUUACCAUUUUUGCUUUGUUUUACUUUGUAUUUCGAGGGCAAAUUCCAAGUACAAGCCCCCCGAAGGGCUUAUAUUCGAAGGGCAAUUUAACAGAGGGUUUUUUGCGUUACGAUUUUGGGGGGCGUAUAUUUGGAGGGGCUUAUACAUGGAUAGGCUUAUUUUCGGAAUUAUACGGAUCGCUGGACCGUUCUCAGCAAUGGCAGCAAUAGAGUUCAAACUUAACUAAAAAACAUCCCUGAUACGCCCUAAGUGCUGUUGUCAUCCGGCGAAUCGACUUACGUCCGGGCAAAACAACGUCGGGCGAAUCGACGCCGGGCAAAACGACCAUAAUCAGCUGAUUUUGGUGACUUGUAGGUGGGUUACCCAGUCCCUGUAAGGCAUGCCUGAGUGGCUUGACCGCUGGAUUUGCAAUAGUCAGGCUCUAAGUUCAAACCUGCGCCCUGAGUGCCAGCUGUUGUUUCAUAGUUGUCCCAUGUUGAAAUCGUCGACUGGACGGACGCUUGUAACUGAACCCUGAAAUAAACCUGUUAUGUUUGAUUUCUUCUAUUCUGCAACUUUAUUUUUACACUGUUGAGAACGACGACAACAACAACAAGAACAUCUUUCAUUCAAACACGAUAAGUUUACAGCGUAGCUGAUGUGGUCGUGACAGGGCGUCAACAAUUGUUCUAAGAACUUAUCCACAAGCAUUUCUUUAUAAGGAUGCGUAAAAGAAAAGACAAUCUAAAGGGUUACGUGCUCAGUGACCAGUGUGCUAUGAAUGCUAUUAAAGGUGAAAAAAGGAAUUGUUAUUAUAACUAAUUCAUAGGCCGUCUUGGUCAACGCUUUCGGUAGAAGACGAAUGGGUGGUACUCCCUCUGAUCACGUGACCUGCAAAAGGCGUUUAACAGUGUCUCUGUUUUUGCUAAGCCGGACAAGUUUUGAUUGACUGAAAAUUCUUGGGCGAUUUCCAUACCCAGUCAGAAGUAAAAAUAUAACAAAUCACAGUUCAAAAAUAUUGUUUCAAAAUAUUGUAUGUUAUGAUUGCCUGUGGUUAGAUUAUUUUUAAUUGGUUUUGUUUCCCGAUACUCAAUAGUCCAUUCAAAGCCGCUCUAGCACAACUGACGACAUCGCUUGUAUUGUCAAAAAUUGUGCAUUUAUGUCCUCUCAUUUGCUGCCAUUUUGCUUACGAUAUCGCACUCUCCCGACUGGGUGACUCAAUGUUUCUUGUUUCCUUUGAAGCUGUCAGGUCGCAUGGGAACUCUUGAAGAAUGUGGCCAAGCCUGUUUAUACCUGUCUGCCGAAGCAACUUUCACCACUGGAACUGAUUUGUUGUUGACUGGAGGUGCUGAACUCACUUAUGGCAAGAAAACGCAAGUGGAAAAUGCAUAG